CAUCUACUCCAGGAAUGUUGGAACCUUUAUUUUGAAAUGUGGGCAAUACUGCCCGGAAACUCUAGGGCACAGGCUACAUACGUUUGGCUUAUUUAUAUUUUAGUGUUUUAAAAGAAAGGACUAAAGCUGUCGCUUGUGCCAGAGACAUGGCUGCAUUUUUUAAUCAACACGAGUUUUAACGAAGAUCUGUAUUCGUUAAUUUUUGCGAGAAGACACAGCACAUGUAGACGCGAAAUCAGCAGUGCUGACCUAUGAUUGCGAAACUCGAGAGAAAUUUACAACUAAAUCUAACUGAAUCGAGGCAGGAUGCAAUGUGUGAAACUGCCCAUCAGUGUGACAGUGGAGAUCAACCUGCUGCUGGUGGCAGUGACAGCACUUGCGCUCGUGACCCGACUUUAUGGCAUUCACUUUCCUAAAGCUGUAGUGUUUGAUGAAGUUUAUUAUGGACAGUUCCUGUCUCUGUACAUGAAGCAAGUGUUUUUUAUUGAUGAGAGUGGUCCACCUUUUGGCCACAUGAUACUAGCUUUAGGAGCGUAUUUAGGAGGAUUUGAUGGCAACUUUGUUUGGAACAGAAUUGGAGCAGAAUACACCAGUAAUGUUCCUGUUUGGAGCCUUCGGAUAAUACCGGCCCUUGCCGGCUCCUUUUGUAUACCACUUGCUUAUCUUCUGGUGGUGGAGCUGGGAUAUUCCCACUUGUCAGCUUUAGGGGCCUGUGCGCUGCUCCUCAUGGAAAAUUCCAUGAUCGUGCAAUCACGCUUCAUGCUGCUGGAGUCUGUUUUAAUCUUUUUCCUACUGUUAGCUGUGCUGUCUUACCUCCGUUUCCACAAAGCACGCAAUUCAUCUUUUAGGUGGUUUUGGCUCGUGAUUUGUGGGGUCAGUUGUGCAUAUGGAAUUGGGGUAAAGUACAUGGGUAUGUUCACAUACUUUUUACUGCUAGGCCUGGCAGCUGUACACACCUGGCAACUUAUUGGAGAUCGAACCUUAAGCCAUGGCAAAGUAUUGGUCCAGGUUUUGGUUCGCUUCUUGGCCCUUGUGGUGUUACCCGUCAUCAUGUACCUUGGAUUUUUCUACAUCCAUCUUACCCUGCUGUAUCGCAGUGGACCACAUGACCAGAUGAUGAGCAGUGCUUUUCAAGCAAGUCUAGAGGGCGGUCUAGCCCGGAUCACUCAGGGGCAGCCCUUGGAUGUAGCGUUCGGCUCACAGGUCACUCUCCGCACCGUGUCCAGUAAACCUGUUCCAUGUUGGCUUCACUCCCACAAGGCUAACUAUCCAAUCAGGUAUGAAAAUGGCCGCGGUAGCUCACACCAGCAGCAGGUGACCUGCUAUCCUUUCAAAGACGUCAACAACUGGUGGAUUAUUAAAGACCCUGGGCGGCAGAGUCUUGUGGUUAGCAGCCCACCCAGACCUGUCAGACAUGGCGAUAUUAUUCAGCUGCUACAUGGAAUGACAUCACGCUACCUAAACACACAUGAUGUUGCAGCCCCCAUGAGUCCUCACUCACAGGAAGUGUCUGGAUACAUUGACUUUAAUGUAUCUAUGCCAGCUCAAAAUCUAUGGAGAGUGGACGUAGUGAACAGGGAGUCUGAUAGAGAGAUCUGGAAGACGAUUUUGUCAGAGGUGCGACUAGUCCAUGUGAACACUUCCGCUGUUCUGAAGCUCAGUGGAGCAUCUCUACCAGAGUGGGGUUUCAAACAGCUGGAGGUGGUUGGGGAUAAGAUUCAUAAAGGCUACCAGCAGAGUGGCAUGUGGAACGUGGAGGAGCAUCGCUAUGGCAGAAGUCAGGAACAGAAGGAAAGGGAGUUGGAGCUGAAGUCACCUACUCACGGCGACGUCAAAAGAAACCUCACUUUUAUGGCCAAAUUUCUUGAGCUGCAGUGGAAGAUGUUGACAGUAAAGAAUGAAGAGUCCGAGCACAAAUAUAGUUCAUCACCUCUUGAAUGGAUCACAAUGGACACUAACAUUGCAUACUGGCUUCAUCCUUCAAGUAAUGCACAAAUUCAAUUGAUAGGGAAUUUUGUGACUUGGACCAUUGCAAACCUUAUGCUGGUUGUGUAUUGUCUUCUGUUUUUAACCUACUUGCUAAGACGACGGAGGAAAGUUGAAGACAUUCCUCAGGACGCUUGGGAACAGCUGGUUUUGGCUGGUGUCGUUUGCUUCGGAGGCUGGGCAGUUAAUUACCUGCCAUUCUUCCUAAUGGAGAAGACUCUGUUUCUCUAUCACUAUCUCCCAGCGCUCACCUUCAAGAUCUUGCAGAUACCGAUUGUCAUAGAGCACCUGUACAUCCAUGUAAUGAGAUCCCCAGCUCAACGGAAAGCAUUUGGUGGUGUUAUUCUGGCAGUCCUUUGUUCAGUAUACGUGUCCUACCGCAACUUGAGUCCUCUCACCUACGGCUGGCCUGCGUUAACAUCAGAUGAGCUUGCUGCACUGCGUUGGAGAGAAAGUUGGGAUAUUCUCCUACGAAAACGCUGAAAUGUCCAACUUGUUCCUUUAAGAACAGGAGCUUGCAUAACAUUAUGACAUGAACUUUGAAGUCAAGGCAGUAUGGUAGUGCUGUUGGAUUUCCAGAGAACUGUGAAACACGGUUUUUAGGGUCUUGUACUCAAACAUAAAAAUGUGAAAAAACUCUACAAUGAGAAUUCAUGCUGCUGAAUCUCAAAACUCUAAACCAAAUGGACUGUAAAGCACUAUUUUAGUGCUUAAUUUAUCAUGCGCUUAUGUUUACAUAUUCUGUUUGUAUGGCAGUUUUAUUGUGUUUUAAGGACUUGUUAAACUGAGAUAUGUUGUAUUUCUUAGAAUUUCUUUUUAUUUAAUUCCUGCACAACACUAAACAAUGAAACUUUAAAAUCGAAUAAACACUUUUAUAACAAA